UGCCUCAGAGACUCCGAAGGCAGCGACAUCGCUGUCAAGUGGCUCCUCGUCUGGUCCACCGACCCCGCCCCCAAGAAAACGGAUCUCGAAAAGAUCCUCACGCCCAACAUCGCGAGCUACGACGAAGCAUUCGGAGGCCCGACGCUCAGCCUUGACGAACUCUGGGACGUCGUUACUGCACCUGGUCUCUACACCACUAGCGACAUCAAACAGCUCCCGCUGUUCUCGUUCCAUUCGUGCGAUCAGAUAGGUAUUCGAUGGGGGUAUACCGCCGUCACUACCGGUUUUGAGUCGACUGUGCCUGUCGGGACCAAGAUCGAGCUUAAGGGCGUUGAUAUCCUCCAUGUGGAUCUAAAGACUCGGAAGAUUUUCAAUGCGAUGUCCUCGGCUGAUUGGAUAAAUCUGGCGCGACAGUUAGGC